GGUGUCUAUAAAAUGCUCUAUUCAUAGAGGGACCAUGUAACUUAUCAUUCAACCAGGACAGAUUUGAGAGGGAAAAGGAACACUACUAAUUAUUUUGGGAUAACAGGUAAAAACUCAGACUGUCCAUGAAAACCAGGAUGUAUGUUAACCCUGUACUACACAGCACACCUAUUUGCCUUAGACAUUUAGAGCACUGUUGGACCCACUGACUCAUAUUGCCCAAUGUCACUUGCCAAUGACAUAAAGCCCAGAGAGCAACUUGCGCUGCAGUUGGGCCUAUUGCAGAGCCUUGUCUUGCUCUGGGCCCCACACAAAACUGGCAUCCUCAUGGAUGGAUCAGAAUAUCACAAAUGUUUUAUAGCAUCGCGUCCCAACUCCAAAGAAGCCAACAAUGCUUUGUGCCUUCUUCUCAAGUAACAAGUGGUGCAAGGUGAAAGAUUAUGUCUUUCACAUUGGAGGUAUAUCCUGACAUGCUCCCAGAUCAAGACAUCAAGAAAAUUAAUCAAGGUGGUAGUUCCUUGAAUUUUUGUGGGGUUUCCCUCCAUCCUUUGACACCGUGCAUCUUACUAAAUCAUCUAGAAUAUCUGCAACUUCCUGUCCAUCAGGUCCAAUCAACAUGAGGUUCUGUGGAAUACAUAAACAGAUAGGCAAUAGAUGUGUAACAGAUUAUGAUAGGCUGAAAGAGUUGAUGUGGCCCUGAGAGAAGAGAGCAAAUAUGUAUUACUGUCCCUGCCAGGCAAAAGCAGACUGUUCCUGGCAGUUCUUGUACAUUGGUAAAGAGAAACAUUUGAUAGGUCCCUAGCUGUAUUCCCAAGUUCCAAGGGCUAUCUAUGUUCACGCACAAUAGUAAGAAGAGUCCACAUGUGGAGCAGCAGCUGAAAUUGGAGUCACCACUUAAUUAAGUCUGCAGUAAUCUCUAGUCAUUCUUCAUGAUCUAUCUUCUAUACGAGCCAAAUAAACAACUUAAACAGGAAUAUCAUUAGACUCAAUAUCCUUUUACCUUUCUUGUCUUUAGUGAUGGCAGUAAUCUCUGUAGUUACCUCAGGGAUGCAGAAUAAUUUUAGGCUUAGUGUUCUAGAAGUAAAUUUCCUGGGGCUUCAAUUUGUUCCUUCCUUCUAUAAUAGCCUUCACUUUGUUGGUCAGUAAACAAAUGUGGUUAUUCUGUCAGUUGCUUAGUGUGUCUAUUCUAAUUAUACAUUCAGGAACUGGGGAGAUAACCAUAAAAUAGGUUGAUGACGUCCCUGGGUUCACAGGCUAACUUUCCAUUCUUCCAUAAUCCCCUACUUUGAGUGGUAGACCACCAUGCCUUUCAUAUCCCCAAACAUUAGCACCGAUUCGCAGAUAUUGUCUAAUAAUCCUUGAAAGGCCCAGUUGAAGACUGUCUGAUAGCAUUUUCUGCAAUGUUGGCAAUGUUCUGUACCUGCAUUGUCCAAUAUGGCAGCCACUAGUCAUAUUCGGCACUUAAUAUGUGAUCAGUGUGACUGAGGAACUGAAUUUUUACUUUUAUUUAAGUUUAAUUUUUAAAAUUUAAAUGUAGAGGAUCCCUGGGUGGCUUAGUGAUUUGGCGCCUGCCUUCGGCCCAGGGCACAAUCCUGGAGUCCUGGAAUCAAGUCCCACGUCAGGCUCCUUGCUUCUCCCUCUCGCGCUCUGUAUGUCUCUCAUGAAUAAAUGAAUAAAAUCUUUUUAAAAAAUAAAUAAAUAAAAUGUAAAUGUAAAUGAUCAGGAAACUGAGUAAGAGGCUGUGACUCUCUCCCUUUGAGUAACUUGAAUCAUUUUUUUUUCUCACCAGCUCUAGACUUUUUUUGAUUGUAUAGUUCAUGCAUAAUUAUUUGAAGCUAGACUUCAGUCUCUGCAAGGGACAUACUGUUUUUUUUUUUUUUAGAUUUUAUUUAUUUAUUCAUAAGAGACACAGAGAGAGAGGCUGAGACAUAGGUCGAGGGAAAAGCAGGCUCUUCACAGGGAGCCCAACAUGGGACUUGAUCCCAGGACCCCGGGAUCACGCCCUGAGCCGAAGGCCAGACUCUCAACUGCUGAGCCACCCAGGCGUCCCAGGACAUACUGUUUCUAGUUCACACUUCCUCCUAGUAUUUAGUCCUUCAGUGCCCUAACUUAAAGGAGGGGUAGUUUAUCAGGAAUCCCCUUCUGUGGCGUACCCUGAACUCUUAAUUUUUGGUUCCUAAACUACCAAGGUUGUUAGGAUCUCUGCUCAGCAUCUCAGCCUAUCUGCCACUUCUGGAGUCAGCAGGUAGCCCUAGGGGAAAAGAGACCCCAAGUGUUGUCCUCUUUGAUUUCCUUCUUUUUCCAAAUCUUAGCCUCCUAAUUUCUCACAGCUUGUUAGCUUGUUAGUUCCCAGAUGCCUUAAAGAAAAUUUUUUUUAAUAUAUGUAUUUUGUCUGGGUUUUCUAGUUCAUACUCAGGGAAGAGUUGGCCCACAUUAUUUAGUCUGCAAUACCAUAAACCUUUCCACUUACUUUGGCCAGGUGCCUAGGGUCACUCAGUAUGGAACCAUUUUAAACUAAACUAAACUAGUUGGAUAUUCUCUGAACCACUAUGAUGAUACAGAUUUAGGCUACAAUUUUGCAAGAGAACCGGUCUGCCCUCCCGCUUCCCUUCUUUUCAUUCCAAGGCAGUUUUCCCCUAGCUGUGGGAUGAGGGGCAUGGGUUUAGUGCUAGUUCUCUCUCCUGAAUAUAUAUCUCUUUAGGAUCCUACGUUCGUUUAGAGCAUCUCCAAUUACAUGCUGUUUCAGCAUUAUCAGCAAGUGUCUAAAAGGCAAACGUGGCUUCUUGUGCCUGCUUUCUGUCUCUGGAUUUCUAGAUUUUGGCAUACUACUGCUUUACUAUCUUCACAUCUCUUUCAUGUUUUUAAAUGAUGAAUCUUUUUUCUUUUUAGGUUUUAUUCAUCGUAUUAGUUGUUUUCAGUGGGAAGCCUUGUUGCAUAAAGUAAGGCAAGUCUCUACCACUAGGUAUUUCUGUUUACUUAUAUGUAAGGUAGGGAGGAUAAAUGAACUUCUACGUACUUCAGAGUAUCAAUUGAAAUAAUUGUGCUUUGAAAACUAUGAAGCUCCAAACAAGUAUUACUGUUAUUUUCUUCUCACUUGUCUGUCCACAUUCAAAAUGCUCUGGAUUCCUCUUCUUCUGCCAACCUUUUAAAUGUUGACAGUCCCCAGUUGUCCACUCUCAACCCACUGUUUUUCUUAAUUUGUAUAAUCUUUCUUCAUGGUUUCAUCCCUUCCCAAGUCUUUUUUAUUUUUUUAAGAUUUUAUUUAUUCAUGAGAGACUCAAAGAGAGAGGCAGAGACAGAGACAGAGGGAGAAGCAGGCUCCUGAUAGGGAGCCUGAUAUGGGCCUCAGUCCCAGCAGCCCAGGGUCAUGACCUGAGCCAAAGGCAGUGCUCAACCACUGAGCCAUCCAGGCAUCCCUCCAAGUCUUUUUUAUAUCUCUACCUUACAUUCAUCUUCCGAGUUAUGAGUGCAUAUAUUUUAUUCAUCAUACCAAAGUCAUCACACACGUGGCCAUGCCUGGAUCUCCUUCCUUCUGUGUCCCUGGCCUCAGUGAUGGGCACUGCUCUCUAUCAGUUGUACACUUGUCCCAGUGAGAAAUAUGGGCAUCAGCCUGAAUUCUUUCCUCCCUCACCCUGCACAUCCAUUCAGUCACCAGAUGCUAUGAAUUGUGCUUCCUAAAUGCUUCUCAAACGUGGCGAUUUCUGCUUAAUUUUUAAUCUGGCUGCACAGCCCCUGCUACUUGGGAUACAGCUAAGGACAUGUCACAUUUUUCUUUCUCUUUAUCACCUCCUAACCCACCUUCUUCACCAUCAGCCAGAAGGAUGUUUCUAAAAAGUACCUCUGAUUCUAUCACUGCCCUGCUUAAAGUCCUUUAGCAGCUUCCCGGCAUUCUAAAGAUAAACUCCAUUAACAUUGAUCACAAGGGUUUGCAUGACCUGACUCUGCCUGCUUCUCCAUCCUCCUUUCUCUUCACUUUUUUCCAUUUCACCACAGACCUCAUCUAUUCUGAACUAUUUGUGUCUCCAUUUCUGGCUAGAUCACAUGAUUAUCUUUGUCUGGGUAAGUUAGGGGGGAUCAUAUCUGACCUACUCGAUCAUCAGCCUGCCCCAUUACUUGUUUGGAUCGGCAUCUGAAUCUUUGAGUCUCCCAUGAAGACUAUUCCCUGUCCCUCUUGGACCGCACAGGUCUGUCCUCUCAGACUUGACUGGCAUGGAGCAGAGGGGGAUGGUUACCUUCUUUUUCCCAACCACUCUCUUCCUCAAAGUGGCCACCUAAAAGAGUGCCAACUUUAUUAGUAGUCACAUCAUAAGUCUUCUUUUACACAAUUGAGUUGCGAGACUACAUCUCCCUCAUCCUGUGUUUGCAUGGUAGGUUUUCUGUAUCUUAUCACAGAAGCUGAUCUGACUUUUUUUUUUUUUUUUAAUUUAUGAUAGUCACACAGAGAGAGAGAGAGGCAGAGACAUAGGCAGAGGGAGAAACAGGCUCCAUGCACCAGGAGCCCGACAUGGGAUUCGAUCCCAGGUCUCCAGGAUCGCGCCCUGGGCCAAAGGCAGGCGCCAAACUGCUGCGCCACUCAGGGAUCCCCUGACAUUGUUUUUGAUAGAGAAUAUUCAUUUUGAUUUUAAUGAAAGAUAUACAGUAGAAUAGUAAGAAAAAUAUAGUUUGCCAACAAAUAAAAGAUAUUAUUUUAUUUUCAUUGAUCUGACAUUUUAAUGGACAUUAGAACUUGCUAAAUUUCAUUUGUUUUACUGCAGCUCUUUGUCCAGUCUUUUCAGCAAUAUUUUUAGCCUCAUCCAGUCUUUCAAUGUAAAAUAAAAGAAACCCUCUUUUAUCAUGUAGAUAGACGGACUGACCAGGACCAGAGAUGCUGAAUACCAGCCACCAGUCACCCAGCAAGCCAAGCAGCACAGUAGCAGCAGCAGCACUACUGGGCUGCUGAUCUCCAUUCCCAAGCUUCUUCUAAUAUGGCACACAGUAUUCCCAAUGCUGAAUCCAAUCCAGUACUCUUAGCUUCUAAAAAAAUUAGUCAAACAUAUCAUAUUUUAAAUGGCAUUAAUUCCUUUUGCCAAGAAAAGGUAUAAUAAAAAUAACACCACUCUGAACAGCUAGUAACCUCAGCCUCUCCAUACUAAUAGACUCUUGCCACUUCAAAGUGCUCUUCUCCCAAAACUGCCAUGGGAAGGACCCAGUGGGAGAGCCCGAUGCUUUCCUCUGAAGCUUUGCUUCUUGUCCUCCUUACCCACCUAUUGACUGCCCCCCCCAUUUUAAAACCUCUAUUUUAGAGACAAAAUGAAGCUUUUAUAUUUUAUAAUUAGGGUGAGACUUAAAAGGCAAAGCACUGUAACCAGUCAAAAGAGACAGGACAGAGCCAGCUUCUCCAUUACGGGGUGUAAGAGGAAUUUUUUGAAGGCUUAUUUUUUAGUUGUUUUACAUCUGAUGGAAGUAAAAAAGAGAUUAGUCAAUUAAUUAUAAAUUGACAGAGCUGCUGUGCAUCCUCCUGUAAUUGCUUUCAGGUAGAAAUUAAAAUUUUAGUACAUGAAAGUUGGUCCUUUCAGGAGAGGAAAAGAGUCAUCUGUGACCUUCAAAUACCAUGAACAAAAAGCUUCUUUCCUUCUCUGUUGAGUGUGUUGAGUGUUUAUUUGGGUGUAUGGAGGGGAGACGGAGGGAAGAAUGAAAACAUGAUUUGAGUCAUCUAAACUUUGUGUACUUAAAAAUAAUUACCUAAGAGCACCCGGCUGGCUCAGUUGGUAGAGUGUGUGAUUCUUUAUCUUCAGGUUGUAGGUUCAAGCCCCAUGUUAGGUAUUAAGGUUACUUUAAAAAGCAAAAUCUUAAAAAGAAAAAAAGGUUGAAAAAAUAAAAAAGAAUUACCCAGGUCUCACCCAGCUGGGGACAUAAAUGAGGCCACAUUAAUGAUAGUAUAUAGAAUGCCACCACUUCCUGCCCCACCUGUCUCAGGAUCUCAGCCCAUUAGAUUACAUUCUCAAGUGUUUCUGGGACUCCUCAGAGAGUUGGAGUUUGAUUUAUUUAUUUAUUUAUUUAUUUAUUUAUUUAUUUAUUUAUUUAUUUAUUUAUUUAUUAUUUUUUAAAGAUUUUAUUGAUUUAUUCAUGAGAGACACAGAAAGGGAGAGAGGCAGAGACACAGGCAGAGGGUGAAGCAGGCUCCAUGGAGGGAGCCCAGUAUGGGACUCUAUCCCGGGAUCGAUCAUGCCCUGGGCCAAAGGCAGGCGCCAAACUGCUGAGCCAUCCAGGCAUCCCCUGAGAGUUGGAGUUUUAAAAGAGAUUUCUUAGCCCCUUACUGAUGUAUGUAUUUUAUUAAGUCACUUUAGAGGAGAACCUCACUGGCCAGCCUACAUUACCCAACAUGGACCAAAGCUAUGGUCUGUGCCAAGGGCUUUGUCUCUUGGUGCUCCCAGUUACCAGUCGUUGGUAAUGUAGCAUACCAAGUAACCUGACUUGACCCAAAAUUUAGCAAUAUUCCUCAACUUGGUCAUGCCUCGUUCACUCUGGUAUUUUCCAUGAGCAUUACUAAUGCCCCCCAUCCUGCCCCAACCCAGUCUCCCUAAGACUAUCUGUAAACAUGAGCAACCUUUCUCCAUACAGAAGACUGAUGUAUGAGUGGGAUUUGGGGAAGGGGUCAUUCGGGGAGGGAAUUACCUUCUGGUCCCUCUCUACAGGGAUGCUUCAGCAGCAUUAGAGAAGUUCCCAAGCUGGUUAUGCUCUUGAUUGAUUCCCUAUCCUCCAUCUCCAUUCCUAUCCCCAUUCCUACUUCCUGAAGUGGUAGGGUUUGUCUCCUGCCCUUACUCAUUAUCCAGGAUCCUUGCACUCACAGGGAAGCAUCUGUAACAUCACUGACAAGGAGGAGGUACAUCUUGAGGUUCCCAGCGCUGGAAACACUGAUGCUGGAUGACAACAAGCUCUCCAGCCCCAAUUGCUUUGCCAGCCUGGCUGGGCUCAGAAGGUAAAACCAUAGUCCUGUCUCUACAGGGUGCCCUGCUAACCCGAGCCUGGCCCACACACUUGAGUGUUGCUCUGGAAUCCAAAAGACCUGGGUUUAAGUCGCAGCUCUACCACUUAUCUCUGCUGUGUGGCUAUAGACUGAAGAAGUUAAGCCUGGACCAAAACAGGAUUUUCCGGAUCCCAUACCUACAGCAAUUUCAGCUUCGUGAUGGCUCAGGGGACUGGGUUGGAGGCAGGGGGAAUCCCCACAAAGAGCCCCAAUCCAUGCGGCAGCCCAAAUCGUGCAUAUUUGAGGCCUCAGAUGAGCAACCAGAUUAUACUGUACUGCCCAUGAAGAAGGAUGUUGACCGGACAGAGGUUGUAUUCUCGUCUUACCCUGGAUUUUCAACCUCAGAGGCAACCAAGGUAUGUGCACUUCCUCCCAUAUUCGAGAUUCUUCCUGUGAAGUCACUGAAGAUCAGGAACCAGACGCUGGCCCCGCCCUUUCCAGAGCUAAGGUACCUUAGCCUGGCCUACAACAAGAUCGCAAAGGAAGAUGCCAUCCUGCCAGUAGCUCUUUUCCCAUCUCUCUGCGAGCUCAUCUUUAAUAACAACCCUCUGGUGGCCCAUACACGAGGGAUCCCUCCACUGCUGAAAAGCUUCCUCCAGGAGCGGCUGGGGAUCCACUUGAUUCGAAGGAAGAUAGUAAAAGCUAAGCAUCAUAUUUUGAUGCCUCGGAAGGACUCACGGAAGGUAAAAACCCAAGUCCCAAAGGUGCCAAAGCAGCCUCUAAUUCUCCAUCAUCCACCUGUGACCAUAGUCAAGUCUUCCUCAAAGGAGAUGCUAGAGUCUGAUGCAGGGCCAACUAAAGAGCCAUUGGCUGCCAGAAGCAGUCCUCUGGAGCAGAUGCCUGUCGAAGGCCUGGAGGGCCUUUCCCUGUCCCACCGGACCUUUGUGCCAUUGCCUCCCAUCUGCUCUGAUUCCACCGUGCAUAGUGAAGAGACCACAUCCCAAGAGAGUGACAGACCCAGCCACCUCAGCCCGGAACAGCCAUCAGACGAGGACACCAAGAGUAUGGAGUCCAUAUUCUUGACCCAGGUGAAUGAGCUGCCUUCCUCCAUCCUCCAGAGGGAUGAUUCAGCCAUGAAGGAGGAAGGGCAAAGACCACCCCAUAAAGCUCCCAGAGAGGUAAAGAGGGCUUGGAGGAAGCUCCCAACUGCCUCCCUCCCCAGCAAGUACCAUGGCUACGAGGAGCUGCUGACAGCCAAGCCUGAUCCAGCAUUUAUUGAGCCAAAGGGAAUCCAGAAGAACACACAGGCGCUGCAGCACAUGCUCAAGUACCCCCUGCUGUGCCGCUCUUCCAAGCCCAGGCUGGAUACGCUUCAGAAACACUAUGUUCCCAAGGAGAAACGGGCCCAGAGGAUCCCUGUUCCCCCACCUCGGAAGACUCGAGCCCAGCGGCUGGAUGACAUCCUCAUUCGCAUGCGGGAUCCCCGGAACAUUACUGAGGCUCCUCUAGGAGCUGUCCUGCGCCAGCGGACUGAGCAGCGACUAAUGAACCAGAAGCAAUACCUGGAGGCCAAGAGGCUGCUGAAGGAGUUUCGGGCCCGCUACCGGCAACUGGUGCACUGCUCACUGCGAACCAUGUUCAGGGCCGCGGCGCCGCCCCCAGGCCGCCCGGCACUGCGUGAGGGCCAGCCUAGGUUCAGCCGCUUCCUCCAGUUCAUGGAUGAGUUCUGCCAGGAGCCCACGGCUAAUGACUCGAAAAGCUAAGGGCUGCGCACAGGGCCAUGCACACUACCCCGCCUGUGCCCUCUGCCCUUUGCGGACUCCGAGCCCCGGACCGCACCUUGGGGUUGGGUGGGCCAGGUGCAGGCCUCAGACCUUGGCUUGGCCUUGCUUGCUGGCUGCAGAGAGGGGGGCACUGGUCAGGACCUCCCCUCCCCAGCCUGGGCAGGACCCAGCACCUGGCCCGGCAGCAAUAAAGAGCGGGUGCAUAGAGCAAGGUGGUAGCCUUCCUUGUGGAUUGGGCUAGAGAAAGAUCCCGGCUGAUGCGCACAUCCUUCAGGAAACCUGCCUGAGUCACACCUGUCCACCAGCUGUGACGAGCACUGGGGUGGAAGACAAGGGGGUUGAUGCAACAGAAAAGCAGCAGACUCUAAGGCUCAGAGGAUGAACAAACCCAUCCAUGGCCAACAAAGUGCACGUGUUGCGGGGGUAGGAGUCAAAACUGAUGCCUCCAGAAAAGGGGCUUUUGUUUUUGGUUGGACAGCUUUUGCUACAAUGAGGGCAA